CCAUCUGGUUUGAUAUGAAAGCCCAAAUAAAAAUUAACAGGAAGGUAUGAACAACAGAACUUGUACAGCUGGACUCUUUCAGUUUGACAGGAUCUUCCAUUCUCUACAUGUAUAUAUACCAGCCCAACAGAGGAGCAAGCAAGGCAAGUACCUUCACCAUCAUCAUACAUAUGCUUUCAUUCACUACUAGUGUACCAAGCCAAGAAAACUAAGAAAAAACAGAUUAUCUAACCCAAAAAGAGAGAUGGCUAGGAAAAGAAAGGCAAGUGAAGGGGUGGAUGAGAAAAAUCCUGAAGAAGAAAAUAUGGGUUGGGAUGAGAUGGUGAAGGAAGCAGCAGCAGCUGCAGCACUGGGCGGAGCACGGCGAGCUCGAAAGAGGUUCGUCGGAGUUCGACAAAGGCCAUCAGGUAGAUGGGUGGCCGAAAUUAAGGACACCAUACAAAAGAUAAGGGUAUGGUUGGGCACUUUCGACACGGCUGAGGAAGCUGCAAGGGCCUAUGAUGAGGCUGCUUGUUUGCUCCGAGGAUCAAACACUCGCACAAACUUCUGGCCUUGUUCUCCAUCAUCUAAUUCAACUCCAGCUCUUCCUUCAAAAAUUACUAACCUCCUUCUUCAUAGGCUUAAAGCAAGAAAUAAUGCUUUGGCUCCUUCAUCUACCUCUUCUUUGCCCAUCAAUGAACAACAAAACCCAGAAGAAGAGUAUAAAGAUGAAAUGGAUGAAUUCUCAGGUACCCAGUUUACUGAUUUCCUUAGAGAUCCCGAAGAAUUUGAUUUUGACCCCAACAACAUGGUCACUGGUGCUAAUGCAAGUACUGGUGAUCAUUACACCACCAAAAGUUUUGACCCAUGUUUAACUGAAAAAGAUAAUUGUGACGUGGGAGAAAUCUAUUUGGACUACAAUUGGAGUGGUGCGGCUAACUGUUCUGUUGGUGGUGAUGGUAUUAUAGGAGGGGAAAGAGAAGAAGAUGGCGAAGAAGAAAGCACUGGUUUAGGGUUUGCAGAAGUUCACUCUUCUGGUACUCAGUGUUCUGGUGGUGAUGAUGUUGGAGGAGGGAAAAUAGAAGAAGAUGGAGAGGAUGAAAGCAUUGAUUUAAGGGUUGUAGAUUUUGAAUUUGUUGAUGAACUUGGUUCAUGUUACUCUUCUCCGUUUGAGAUUGCUGAAGAGAUAGCAGAGCCCAUUGUUGAUCAGCAGGAAGGUUAUUAUGGGGAUGAGCCAUCAAUGCUUAGUGAGGCCAUGAAAAGGAUGAAAUAUGAACGGAAGUUCUCAGCCUCUCUCUAUGCUUUCAAUGGCAUACCUGAGUGCUUGAAGCUGAAGCUAGGAUCAAAAACUGUCCACCGGAGAAAACAAUUAGCUGACCACCGAAAUGCCUCUAACAAGACUGAAGAGGAGAAGAAACUAGAAGAUGAUGAUGAAGUGAUGGAGAAGAAAAAGAUGGAAUCCCCACAAAAUGCAGCAGAAAUGGGAUCAUCUUCUUCGCUUAAUGACGGUGAAUUGUCAAUAUGGAGCAGUCUUGACCUCCCAACCAUAUGCUUCGUUAAUUAGCUGGUACUGUUGGUGGUUCUUUGAGCCUUUAACACUUUA